AUGGAUGCACUGACGCACAGCACAGACUCCAGCUCGGGACACGAACCUGGCAAAAAACUUGUUGUUAGUGACGGAGUAACUUCUCUCCUCAAUCACCAGGGGAAAGUAGUGCAUACUUUCAAUGGGAGCCAAACUAUGGACUCUCACAAUUCAGGAAGCGGGGGGGCGACAGCGACAAGUGGCACUACUAACAACAACAGCAAUGCGAUAUCUGUCACUGCUAUCAACAGUGGACCGGGGGUGUCGAAAGGGCUGCUCGGUGCUGCUACAAUGCACCCCUCGUCCAACAGUGUCAUUCAGACGCCGCUCAUGAACUCCCAGACUGCUUUGAGCCCGGCAACAACAGGAGCCACUGUGACCCUCGUCAGGCCGCCUAUGCAAACCACGGGGUCGGGAGCAACUUUGAAUGGGAACAAUAAUGCGAGCCAUGCUGCUGUGGUUGCCAAUGCAUUUGGUCACACAGGUACCAUCGGGUCACACAGCCCGCUUGUAAACAAUGCGUCCAGCGCAGGCUCGCACAUAAUCAAGGCAGAGCCCCCCACCACAAUAAUACAGACAGCCCCACCGCCGGCUGUCACUCCGGGGGUCGUCAGCUCUCCCCGGUUCCCCACGACAGGAGCUCCCGGUCCAGGCCUGAUCCGAGCCUUCACGCCUCAGAUGUUGGCCCCCAGGCUCCAGCAGACCUCCCCGGGACAGCCCAGCGUUCAUAACAUCCAGCUACCCCCGGGGAUGGUGCUCGUACGCAGCGAGAGCGGACAGCUGCUGAUGAUUCCUCAGCAGGCUCUCGCCCAGAUGCAGGCCCAGGCUCAGGGAGGCAUGGCACCGCGGACCGCCACACCAACAAGUGUACCUCCUGUCCAGGCUCCUGGAAACACCAUCAUCAGCAGACAAGUGGCUCCCAGCACCAUCAUCCGCCAGGGGGGUCCGACCCCAACACCCCUCACUGCGACCACCACUCUUCACAGACCCCCUGUCCUUCAGAGUUCAGUUGGGGCUGCAGUAACAGGAAUGACCCCCAGGACCGCCAGCCCGUCAGCUGGGAGCCAACUUCCCCCGAUAUCAGUGAGCAAAGAGACAAUGGAGAAUGUGAAGAAAUGUAAGAACUUCCUGUCCACACUGAUCAAGCUGGCCUCCACUGGGAAGCAGUCCACAGAGACUGCAGCGAAUGUGAGAGAGCUGGUCAAAGAGUUAUUGGAGGGCAGACUGGAGGCUGAGGAAUUCACCAGCAGAUUGUACAAAGAGCUCAACUCCUCCCCCCAACCCUACCUUGUGCCUUUCCUCAAGAGAAGCCUCCCAGCCUUGAGGCAACUCACCCCAGACUCAGCAGCCUUCAUCCGGCUGAGUCAGCUCCCGGUGCCAGCCUGUAGUACGGUCCCCUCCACCGCCCCCGUCCCCACCUCGGUGGUCCUGGGCAGCCCUUCUCCCCGCCUCAUGACCCCCGUCAGCAGGCCCCAGCUCCAGACAGGCAUCAGCAAACCAGGACCUGCCCCCUCACUGGUUAUCCAGCCUCAGCAGCAGAGAACAAUGUUAAGACCUCAGGUAGCCUUACCGACGCCCACCAUGGUGGCCCACAGGAACCAGGCCCCCGGCCGCAUCAUGCUGGGCCAGCAGCACGUCCAGCUGCAGCCAGUUCCUGUGAAGACGGAGGGUUCACCUUUUCCGAGGCAAGUCUCUGCUGCAGCGCUGACCCUCGCUCAGAGGAACAAGCUGAGAGAGGCGGGGGGCUUGUUCAAGGAUGAUGACGACAUAAACGAUGUGGCCUCCAUGGCUGGAGUGAACCUCUCGGAGGAAAGCGCUAACAUCCUAGCUACCAAUUCUGGACUAGUGGGAGCGGUGACGCGGUCCUGUAAGGACGAGGCGUUCCUCUCCUGCGCCCUCCUGCAGAGGAGGAUGAUGGAGAUCGGCAGGAAGUACGGUGUGACCGACCUGGGGGCCGACGUGGUGACCUUCGUCUCCCACGCUACGCAGCAGAGGCUACAGACCCUGCUGGAGAAAGUUUCCCAAGUAGCCCAGCAGAAGAGCUACCCCAUAAAGGAGGACGACAGUUAUGAGCAGAGCAGCGAUGUUCGUGCUCAGCUCAAGUUCUUUGAGCAGCUGGACCAGCAGGAGAAACAGAGGAAGGAGGAGCAGGAGAGGGAGAUCCUCCUGAAGGCAGCUAAGUCUCGAGCUCGGCAAGAGGACCCAGAGCAGCUGCUUCUGAAACAGAAGGCAAAAGAGAUGCAGCAGCAGGAGCUGGCUCAGGUGAGGCAGAGGGAGGCCAACCUGACGGCUCUCGCUGCCAUCGGACCGAGGAAGAAGAGGAAGCUCCUGGACUCUCAGUCCUCCUCCGCUGCAGCCGAGGGGUCCGGGUCAGGUCCCUCCCUCUCCGGCGGGGCGGGGUCUUCGGGCUCCAGGCCGACGCGGCAGCGAAUCACACGCGUCAAUCUCAGGGACCUGCUGUUCUGUUUGGAGAACGAGAGAUUUUCCAGUCACUCCCAUUUCCUCUACAAGGGCUUUCUCAAAUAGACUGGAUGUCAGAGGGGAGGGGAGGGAGCCGCUGGUGGAGAGAUCAAACGCUCCCUCCACGCAGAGAGACUCUUUUUAAAUGAGGAGGAGGAGGGCAGAGGUUUUCCAGAUAAACCUGAUAAUCUGAUGAACAGAAGCAGCCACGUUGGAUGGCCUCUCUCUCCUCAAAUAAUGAUCAGAGAAAUGGACAAAUGCUAAUUACUGUUCAAGAAAGUGCAAAGAUGGAUGUGUGUUACAAGAGGGUUUAUGAAUGAACACUUUUCAAUUAUGCACAGAACAGUAACGUUUAUAAUCAGAUGAUUUGUGUUAGCAAUGGACAUCGACACAUUUGUUUUUAAUAGACAACUAAUUUUUAUUGAAUAUUGAUUGUAGAUUUCUCCUUUUUUCUUUUUAACUGAAUUAGUUUGAACUCCGAACUGUGUAACCUACUGAGUUGCCUUCUUAACUAUGAAUAAGCCAUAUAGCCAUCGCGAAGCAAUUAACCCUGCUGUCACUCACGAAGCAGUAGUCAUCUCCAGUAGGCUACUUGAUUUUAUUGUCAGCAUAUUUAUUUACUAAACUCAAGCUUAAAUUAAUGUUUAGUUAUUUAUUUUAAUUUCAUGUGAAGCUUCAGUCGUUUCAUGUAGUUUAAAUGCAACGUGCAUUUGCCUGCUUAGGAUAUGUUUAAAAUCAACGUAGACAUUGUAGUUUGGUGAAUAGAUUUUAGUGCGUGAAGAAGAGGUUUAUUCUUCGUAUUUUCAUGUUUUAAAUCGUUAAUUUAAAAUGUAUUUGAUUUCUAAAUAGAUGGCUUUUAAACCCUUAUUAUAUACCAAACUUGCAUCUACCUGAAAGCGAUCUCUAUUUUUGUAGCUGCCCACCAAGACACAUUUGUACUCUUUCAAUAUUGACUGACGGUGUCCUCCGACUCAGCAAGGUGCAGUUUCCUCCUGUAUAUUUGUAAAUGUUACACCUACAGUUUUACACAUGGUUUUGUAUAGAGUUGAGAAUUUACCCACCCAGAAUAAAGAAAAACACAUUUUCUCUAUUAAAAUGUUUGAAUAAAUAAUGAUUUUACAGUAA